CCGCUGAAUUCGUGGUUGUCGCGUUUUGUACAUAUUUUUCCGUCGCCAAACGUUUGUGGUGUUUUAUCGUGAGUUAUGGGAGCUAAUAGAUUUUUAUUAAAAAUUGAACAUUAAUUGUAAAUUGUGUGAGAAUAAACUAUUAAUUAAAAUGGAUGAAGAAUAUCAGCAACAGUCUUCAGCGGCGAAGAAGAUUGGUAAACAACAUAAUACUCUGCCGCUGUGGGGAAAUGAAGCUACUAUGAACCUCAAUCCCCUUAUUCUGGCGAACAUACAGGGCUCUAGCUAUUUCAAAGUUCAUUUGUUCAAACUUAAAACUUAUCAUGAAGUUGUUGACGAGAUCUAUUACCAAGUAAAACACAUGGAACCUUGGGAGCGAGGAUCUCGAAAAACGUCUGGACAAACUGGCAUGUGUGGCGGAGUGCGAGGAGUGGGCGCUGGCGGCAUAGUAUCAACGGCUUACUGUCUAUUGUAUAAAUUGUACACCCUUAGGCUGACUAGAAAGCAGGUUAACGGACUUCUAAACCACACAGAUUCACCCUAUAUAAGGGCUCUAGGUUUUAUGUACCUUAGAUAUACUCAACCGCCAGCAGAUUUGUACGACUGGUAUGAAGAUUAUUUUCAAGAUGAAGAAGAAAUUGAUGUAAAGGCUGGCGGUGGACAGACUAUAACUAUUGGCCAAGUGGUGUAUCAAUUUCUCACUAAGCUUGAUUGGUUUUCAACAUUAUUUCCCCGUAUACCUGUUCCUAUCCAAAAGCAAAUAGAAAAGAAAUUGGAGGAAUAUUGUCGCAAAAAUAAUAUAAGUCAACAGCAAUUAAGCUCAGCAAGGAAUGCGGCAUCUAAUAGUGGAGGUGUGAAUUAUGACUAUGAUGAUGCAGUUUAUGAUCGCAGAAGUGGUGGCGCUGGUAGCAGUCGAAGCCGAGUUCAACAAGCAAGUAGUGGGAGUUAUCGAGACGAACACGAUGACCGCGAUAACUACUGUAACAGAAGACGUGAAGAUUCGCCUUUAAAUUCAUACCACAGUAGCAGGGAUCGGGAUCACUACCGAGAGAAGCACAAGAAGAAACAUAAGCGCAAGCACCAUUCUAGAAGUAGAAGUCGUAGUCGUAGCGAAAGUCGGAACCGAACUGAACGGAGAAAAGAUAUGGAUUGUGAUAGGGACCGCGAACGUGAACGUGAGCGAAACAGGCCUAAGGAAAGAGAUUUCGAGCGUCGUGGUCGUGACUAUGAGGAGCGCAGAUAUCGUUAAAAAAUCUAUUAAAUUAUAUAGGAAUAAACACAGACGGAGGCACAAAGUAAAUCCGGAAUAAAAAGAUGGGGAAAAUUAUAUAAUUUUCCUAUAGUCCUAUAGCCCGAAAACAUUAAAUAUAACAUUUCCAUUUUAUAAGCCAUUGUUGAACUCAGGACGUCUGUUGUCUUAUACUUUCAUUAUAUUGUAUACAGCAAAUAGAUAUGUUGGUUUAAAUGUUACAAUAGUUACUGAAAUUGUUUUGCUUAAUACUAAAGAUGAUUUAAUAAAUAAAUAGCCCGAUGAGGUAAUUACAAGCAUAUACAAA